AUGGCAGAGCGUUUUGAGAUGAGUGAUUUGGGAAGACUGACAUAUUACCUUGGGAUAGAAGUGUUACAACAAGGAGAUAGUAUCACACUAAACCAAGAAAGAUAUGCAAAGAGAAUACUUGAAGAAAAUGGAUUAAGCGAUUGCAAUGCUGUGCAUAUACCAAUGGAUGCGGGUUUAAAUCUGAGUAAGGCACCUGAAGAAAGAAGCAUCGAUGAAAAGAAAUACAGGAGGAACAUAGGAUGUCUUCGAUAUCUACUUCAUACAAGACCUGAUCUUUCGUAUUGUGUUGGAGUGCUAAGCAGGUAUAUGCAUGAUCCAAAAGAAUCCCAUGGAAUAGCCUUGAAACAAAUCCUAAGGUAUCUUCGAGGAACCUUAAAAUACGGUUUGAAGUUUGAAGAAGCGAAUACAUCUGGUCUGGUUGGAUAUAGUGACAGUAGUCACAAUGUUGACUUAGACGAUGGGAAAAGCACUUCGGGACAUGUUUUCUACAUCAAUAACUGUCCUAUAACAUGGUGCUCACAGAAGCAAGAAACUGUUGCACUAUCUUCAUGCGAAGCAGAGUUUAUGGCUGCAACAGAGGCAGCUAAGCAAGCGAUUUGGUUGCAGGAAUUACUCGAGGAAGUCAUUGGAUCAGGAUGUGAAAAAGCUGUGGUUCAGAUUGAUAAUAAAUCAGCCAUAGCCUUGACUAAAAAUCCAGUGUUUCACGGAAGGAGUAAGCACAUACACCGAAGGUAUCACUUCAUUAGAGAGUGUGUUGAGAAUGAGCAGAUUCUGGUUGAACAUGUUCCGGGAACAGAACAGAAAGCUGACAUUCUGACUAAAGCACUCGGCAGAACCAAGUUUAAAGAGAUGAGAGAUCUCAUUGGAGUCAAGGAGGUGACUAAAGAAGAUUUCAAGCUUAAGGGGGAGAUUGUUGGAGUAAGCUUGAAAGAAGCUUCUAUUUCGAUAAUAGAGAACACAUACGCCUGCAAAUCAAUACUCAAGAGGAAGCUAGCGAGGAAGCAAGACAGGGACGAUGUGAAGAGAGAGAUUCAGAUAAUGCAGCAUUUGUCAGGACAGCAAAACAUCGUCGAGAUCAGAGGCGCGUACGAAGAUAGACAGUCGAUACAUCUUGUGAUGGAACUGUGUGGUGGUAGUGAGUUGUUCGAUAGGAUUAUAGCUCAGGGGCAUUACUCGGAGAGAGCAGCUGCUGGUGUCAUUAGAUCGAUUCUGAAUGUUGUGCAGAUUUGCCAUUUCAUGGGUGUGAUGCAUCGUGAUCUCAAGCCUGAGAACUUCUUGCUCGCUAGUAAAGAUGAGAAUGCUAUGCUCAAAGCUACUGAUUUUGGAUUGUCUGUGUUCAUCGAAGAAGGGAAAAUUUAUAGGGAUAUAGUUGGAAGUGCUUAGUAUGUUGCUCCUGAAGUAUUAAGACGAAGUUAUGGAAAGGAAAUCGAUAUUUGGAGUGCAGGGAUCAUUCUAUACAUCUUGCUUUGUGGUGUGCCUCCUUUUUGGGCAGCUCUUGGUAAAGUGCAUUUAGUCUCUUCAAGAUUAGUCUACUACCAAAGAACAUACUUUUCAAUGUUCUUUUUCAUAGAUCAUCCUUGGAUCAGAGGCGGAGAAGCUCCGGACAAGCCUAUUGAUAGUGCUGUGUUAUCUCGGAUGAAGCAAUUCCGAGCAAUGAACAAACUUAAGAAGCUAGCUCUUAAGGUUAUUGCAGAGAGUCUCUCUGAAGAGGAAAUUAAAGGUCUCAAAACCAUGUUUGCGAAUAUGGACACGGAUCAAAGCGGGACAAUCACUUACGAAGAACUGAAAACCGGGCUGGCUAAACUCGGUUCUAAACUCUCUGAAGCUGAGGUUAAGCAACUCAUGGAAGCUGCUGAUGUAGAUGGUAAUGGAACAAUAGACUACAUCGAGUUUAUGUCAGCGACGAUGCAUAGAUACAUAGAUCGAGAUGAGCACUUAUUCAAAGCCUUCCAAUACUUUGACAAAGACAAUAGCGGGUUUAUCACAAUGGAUGAGUUGGAAUCAGCUAUGAAAGAGUAUGAUAUGGGAGACGAAGCUAGCAUCAAAGAGAUCAUAGCGGAAGUGGACACAGAUAAUGAUGGAAGAAUAAACUAUGAAGAAUUCUGCGCGAUGAUGAGAAGUGGUAACACAAAGCCACAAAUAGAGAAAGUUAAUCCCAGUUCUUUGAUUGAUUAAUCAAAAAAGGGGAACAUAUAUUUUUUAGAAUCAUGUAGAAGAGUUGCAGACUUAAACCUAGGAAAACUUGUACGAAAAGUAAGUGAUCUGUUAAUUUGAAUAAGAGUUGCAGAU